AUAUAACGAUACAGAAGCUUUUAUGUUACCCUACAGAGUCCAUACAUUUUUCGACAUUACUAAUAGUUAUACAUACAUAAUAAUGUAUUUAUAUCUAUUUCCGAUGUUUUAUGCAUCUAUCUGUCAUAUGGCGGCGAUUUGUUUAUUAGUUAUUUUAGUAUUCCACAUUUGUGGCGAAUUAUCCAUUUUAUCAUACCGCAUCAAAAAUGUCACAACAUACUCACAAGAUAUAGUUGUAAACAGAAUUCAUAGUUUUGUUCGAAUGCAUCUCAAAAUAAUAUGGAUGGCGAAAUCUGUGGAUAAUAUUUUUAAUUUAAUUCUUUUGGAUGAACUUCUUGGCAAUAGUGUUGUAUUGGCUAUUUCAAUGUACUAUGUCAUAAUAAAUUUACAGGUUUCAGAAAUGGCAACUUGUUGCACUUUUAUAUUUUUUGCGGUUAUUGCGCUUGUUAUGCUUUUUGGCUACUGUUUAAUUGGUGAUCAACUGACACAACAGAGUAUAAAUGUUCAAGAUGCGUAUUACCAAUGCGAUUGGUAUGAAAUGCCAUUAAAUUGCAAAAGAUGUUUACUGAUAUGUAUGAUUCAUGGUCAAAUAAUGCUAUAUUUAACAGCUGCCAGAUUUUACGUAUUCUCUUUAAACAGUUUUACAGAUGUUAUCAAAACUUCUUUGGCAUAUUUGUCGAUGCUACGUACUCUAUUAUGAAGAAUUAUUAAAAAAGUGCA